GAUCGUUGUUUUCCUCAUCUUCAAAAGAUGAUAAACCUUGAGAAACAUCAAGAAACUCAGUGCAAACCUUUCGAGUAUAAUGAAGAGUUACUGGCAAAGACAGCAUCCAUCAAAGACAUAUGCAAAACAAGACCAUUCCAACAUGGAGCUGAUCUUGUGCAUUCAUUGUCAACUAUUCUCAAUAAUUAUCCUGAGGAUCAUCAUGCUAUCCCAGCAAGCUUUGCCUUGGAGGGGCUCUGUGCUCUGUGUGAGGCUGAAGUAGUGGAUAUUCGGUCUACUUGGAAUCUGCUGGCACCUAAGCUGCAACAGGAUCAAAG